AUGACUGUCAUUGUAGUUCCAGACUCGUACCACGUCGUUGUCCGUGGCUUUGACGGCCAGGACGAUGAGACGCCAGGUCAGUUGCCUUCCCGCGAUAUCAACACCAUCUCAUGCUCAACCGGCUGGUCCCAACUAAGCCUCGUCCGGUCCAACCAGAUCCGUUUCGAGUGCUCCGAUCAGCAGGGUUCUCUUGACGAGAGCCUUAGGGCUUUCUGCGACUGCUUCUUCAGCAAUGGAGAUAGCAGGAUCUAUGGCACCCUCUCCGAGUUUGGUGUCCUGGGAUACUCGCCCGAGUCGGAGCAGAUGAGCACGUUGUGGUACAGUGCGCUCUUCAUGUGGCUGCAGAACCUUGGCAGCAAGGAGCUCAACCAGCUCAACGGCUUCAUAGAAGAUAUUAAGAAAAAGACAAAGGCUCUGAGCUCCUAUCUCCCAAACUGGCUAGAAGCCGGCCUUAUGGCCGCCUCGCUCGGACAUACUUGGUUCCCAGUGACCGAAUCAUUUCAAUCCAGGGCGCAUCCGGGCUUCGUCUCCACCUCGAACACUACCUCCCGCGAGAUCAGCAUUCAGCACCGGGAAGUCCUCAAGAACCUCGAGGCUCUUUUCGCCACGGGCUUUGAGACAGCGACGGUCUGCAAACAGGCGGUGGACGUCUUCCUGUCCUCCCAGCGCACCACUGUUGUCAACAGCAUUACCCCGAGUGUUGGAAUCACCAGGUACCGGUACUGGAAUCAACAGGGCGCGCUGCGCGCCCCCACCACGGCCUCCAGCGCUUACAACUACGCGGCCUACUCAGCAAACAUUACCGCUAUCGAGAACACGCCUCACACCGAUGGCGAGAUCAAGGCGGCCAAGGAGCGAGCCGACGUGCUGCAAGACUUGCCGAGCAAGCGGGGGUCACAAGCCAUCCAGGUAGGGCUUGGAUUGGCUUACUUGGCGUGGAAUGCCUUCUCAUUCUAUAGAGAACGGCAGGAGAAGUCCAAGUGGAGUAGCGUUGCCAAUCUUGUCAACUCAGCCAUCCGCAGCGGCCAGAUGUGCGAGCUGUGGUUGCAUCUCGUCUACCACACGGGCGAAGGAACGCAGGCCAUGUCGGAGGAGUAUUUUCGCGCGCUCUCCGCCUUGAUGGAGGUCCUAGAGAUCGUGACCCCCACCGCGCAGAAGCGCACUCCCGAGGCCAUCAGAGCCCGCAUCAUGUCCCAUGCCAGGAUUCUCGAGGCACAGAAGGAAGCCGUCAAAAUACUCCUCGUCUGAUCUUUUCGGGUAUAGGGCUCGGGGUCUAGUGCGAGGUUGGGUACCUGCAUGUAACCAUGUCCUGUGAUGGUAGGCACCCUGCACCAAGCUCAUUCUGCGCCACUGGACGUGUGGCAUGGUUGCUGGUUUACUCUAAAUGGCAAAUGUCUGCUAUCUGUUUUCUAGUUAUGUGCUGUUUCCUGCCCUGUGUUGUCUGAUACCGUCCCGCCGUUCUUGCCUAAUGGCAGUCGAAUGAUAGAUAGAGGCAAGAGCUCAAACCCUACUAUCCGUCCAACUG